CCCGUUUCCUUCAGCAUUGGACCGUGAUUCCACACCCUGCUGAAUCAAAAUCUUUUUAGAGCUAAUUUUCGGCUCGCAGAAUUCUUCUGCGCUGUCGCAGCUGAUGCCCUGAUUGGGGUUUUCUCGAAUCGGUUUGUCUUUUCCUCAAAGCUCUCAGACGUGGAAGCAGCAGUGAUUCCCGUGGAAUAGCUGAUGAGUGUGAGGUAUUGGUGGGGUUUUGUUGGCAGCGAUCUGGUAUCUGUGAGGUGAAGAGGUUGAGAAGUUUAGGAAGUAUCGAGUAGCAAAGAAGCAGAUGGCGGGUUGAGGAGGUUUGUUUGUGCGGCAUCGCUGUCGUGGUUGUUUUCCUGGGUGAAGAGAAGAGUUUAAGGUUCAAGGUUUCAGCUAGUAGGGCUUACAUCGGAGGAUAUAGUUCAAGUUGUUUUCGGUGUAUGUAGUUUCUUGAUGACUAAGAUGGCAUUGCGAAGCUGGGUGCUGUUUGUAGCUUUGCUACUCAGUUGUCUGGUUAUGAUCUCAGUAAAGGCAGAUAAUGACGGUUUGCCAAGUCGGGAAGAGCUCGACACUAAAUACUUGUUGACAAAUCAGAUUGUAGAGCUUAGAACACAGAUAGAGGAACUAACAACGGCCUCGAAGACCCACGCAGCUUCCUUGAAGAGGAAAGACAAGAAGAUUCGUACAUUAGAGAAGGAGCUUCAACGAUCUCAGAACGAAAAAAGUGCAGCCAUUGUCGACUUGGAGGCAGAGCUCGCGGAGGCGAAGAAAACGAUUUCUGACUUUAAUCUCCAGGUAUCUCAACUAGAGCAAGAACUCGUACGCAUCAAGGCAGAAUACUCUGCCAUCGUGAAGCGUGCCGAGCUCGCCGAAGCCAAAGCAGAUUCGUUUGAGCUUGAGGCCAGCGAGAAGCUGAAACUCGUAGAGGUCGUCAAGGAAUACAAAAUCCAGUUGGAGAAAGCAGAGUCAGAUCUUCGAAUUGCCAAAUCCGGCAAGCUCAAGGCACAGAAAGAGUUGGCCGCUAAAGCUCGUGAGAUGGCCCAGAGUGCCAAUGCCUGGUUACCUCCCUGGUUAGCAAUUCAGGCUUCUAAGAUGCGAUCGCACAUGAUCUCGAGCUGGGCAAUCUAUGGUGCGCCACUGAUGGAAAGUCUCCAGCGUCUAGCAACUUUAAAAGCAGCACAAUUUCGAAAAUUCUCCAAGCCCUACAUGCGAAGUUUCAACAAAAAUGUGCGACCUGUGGUGCGUUCUCAAUGGAAGAAAACCAAGACUAUAAUUGUUCCUCAAUAUCAGAGAAUCAAAAAGUUAGUGUUGCAGUAUCUUGCAGCUGGCAAGAAGUACUUGUCACCCCAUCUAUCCAAGGUACAGGAGAGUGUAGACACAUAUGUCCAGACAGUGAGAGUUGAGAGCCGUCCUUAUCUGGAGCAGGCAGCUAGUUUUCUAAGCCCCCACUUUGAGAAAGCAAACAUCAUGGCUGAACCUUAUGUAAAGCAUGCGAGUGAUCACUAUCAGAGUGUGAUGACGCAGGCUUCGACUUUUCAUGAGCAGCUUCAAGAUUCAGUCAAGGGGACCAUGCGUAAAAAUGAAUUGCUGUCUCGCUGGGCCACCAAAGAACUUAUCUGGUAUCUUGCUUCUGCAUUACUUGCCCUUCCUCUUUUCGCUUCUCUUCUGGUGUUCUCUUCCGUUUUUGGAACCAAGAAGCCCAUCAAGCGACAACGGCGAAGCGCAAGCGCUGGUCAGAGUAGUACGCCGUCUGCCAUCAAGAAGCCUCGUCGUCCAAGAUCAGCAGCUGAUAUCAAGCAGGGGAAAUGAUUUCGAUGCCUUGCUUCAUGUACCAAAAACCAAUCAGCGUAAUGAAUGUAGUUGCCGUGUGGGAAUUCGGUUUUUUGACAACAGGUUUAUGAUUCCUUCACACGAAUGCUAGGUCUAGGUCAACACUUUAGGGGAUUUAGAAUGGAGACUUUUUUUUAAAUGAGCAACCACUGAGCUUAGUCUACUAGGUUUCAUACCGCAUGUCGAUCUUAUCAAGUGAUGUGCUCACUAUCAGAAUACUAAAUGAUUAACAUGCUGAGAUCACGACAGCGAUGGACCCGGAAAUUAACUUAGGGAACUGUAUCUGUGUGGAGGAUAUGUCCAACUGUGUUUCAGAGCAUGUAGUUAUGUGGAUUUCAACCAUGGGGAAAUGUGCUGAAAAAGGUUGACUUGAACCUUUGCCGUUGCUUACAUUCUCCACCAGCCCUGACAGAUCUGCAUGAAUUGCUGUUUGUGUUGAUAAUCAGAGCUGCAAAGCUUAAAA